AUCUUCACGUUCGGGCAAAUCAUCAAUAAUAGCCCGGUUUCUUGGCAAUCGCUUCGAAGAAGCCUAUACACCGACAAUAGAGGAUUUUCAUCGGAAAUUGUACCGCAUCCGUAAUGAAGUCUAUCAAUUAGAUAUUCUGGACACAUCCGGCCACCAUCCAUUUCCGGCUAUGCGUCGAUUGUCAUUUCUAACGGGUGAUCUUUUUAUAUUGGUAUUUAGCAUGGAUUCAAGAGAGUCAUUCGAAGAAGUUGUACGCCUAAGAGAAAACAUUCUGGAAACGAAAUGGGCAGCACUGAAUCCUGGCAGCGGUUUUAAAAAGAAAGCUUUGCCAAAAAUACCCAUGGUGUUGGCGGGUAAUAAAUCUGACAAGGAACAAAGGACUGUGCAACUAGAUGAAGUUAUGGGUUAUAUUGCGGGUCAAGACAACUGUUGUGUGUUUGUGGAAUGUUCGGCAAAACAAAAUUACCACAUUGAUGAAUUGUUCUACGAACUAUUUACUGCUGCAAAUUUACCUUUGGAAAUGGCACCUAAUCACCAUCGACGUGUGGUUACUGUAUUUGGAGCACCAUCAACAUUGCCACCGCACUCAUCCGUUGGUGGUACAAAGAAGAAUGCCCUUUCCAUAAAGCGACGUUUUAGCGAUGCCUGCGGUGUGGUUACGCCAAAUGCCCGAAGGCCGAGCAUACGAACGGAUUUGAAUUUAAUGCGCUCAAAAACAAUGGCCAUGAACGAGGGCGAAGGCUCGGUGGCACGGAAAAAAUGCGUAAUUAUGUAA